CACUUCUACUUACUAUUUAUUAUAAGAAGACAUUUUGACAGAAAGAAGUACCAAGCAGUAUCAUCAGCAUUAUGACGUCUACAAUUGCCGCCAAAGCGAAACAACUACCACCAGGCAUUUACUGCCCUGUUAUCUCUUUGUACAAACCUACAGCCAGACAAGAAAUCGACCUCGAUGCCUCGUACAAAUUCUUCACACACCUCAUCCGCGGCGGAGUAGACGGCCUAGUCCUAGCAGGAACAACAGCAGAAGCAGUUCUACUGUCGCGGGAAGAACGAAAAGAACUUGCGCAAAUCGCACGCAAAGCUGCUACUGAUCUUGGAAAAAAUAAUUUCCCAGUAGUCGCUGGGAUCAGUGGACAGUCCACAAACGAGUCGAUACGUCUGGCUGAAGAUGCAGCCUCAUCUGGCGCAGAUUUUGGUCUGUUGCUGCCCCCAAACUAUUGGGUGAAGGCUGUGACCAAGGAUGUGAUUCUGGAUUUCUACCGUGACGUAGCUGAUGCCAGUUCGAUUCCUAUCGUUAUCUACAGUUUCCCAGCCAUGUGCAACGGGGUCGACAUGAACUCGGACGUCCUCUCAGAACUCGCCCAACACCCCAACAUCGUCGGCGUGAAAUUAACCUGCGGCAACGCCGGCAAGGUCACACGCUUGACGCAAGAAUACGACCACAGUCAAUUCGCCGUUUACGCCGGGUCCUCGGAUUGGCUCAUUCCCUGCUUGAGUGGCUCGGGAAGUGGAUGCGUGACGGGCAUCGCCAACGUAUUCCCCAAAUGCGUGUCAAAGCUUUACACUCUGUGGACAGAUGGAAAAAUUCAAGAGGCACAGAAGCUGCAGGGGUUGAUUGCGCAGGCAGAAAAGGCGUGUAAAGAGGGCAUUUCGCCUACCAAGUUUGCCACGGCGCACUUUGUUGGUCCUGCGGUGGGAGUUGAGGAUGAGAAGGCGUAUUGGCCCAGGAAGCCGUAUAAGCCGGUUGGAGCAGAGAAGCAGGCGUGGGUGAUUGAGGUUAUGAAGCAUUUGGUUGAUGUGGAAAAGUCGCUUCCAGAUGCUGUUUAAUCUAUUAUGCUUAAAGAACAGAUGUUUAGAACAAGAAUUUCUGCACUUGGGUCAUUUGUAAAACAGAAGAGGUCAUUCACAUCAAUAAGACUUGAUUUUUCUAUACCAG